AUGGGAGGAAUUGACGAGAGCGCUCUGGAUCGCCUGAGCUUGGUGACGGAGAUGACGAAGCACGUGCGUGUGCGCGCGGCUGCAGCUAACAGCACCAGCGAGGGCCUUGGAGAGCACUCGCCAGCCUUUCUAUGGCUGCUGCGCGAUUUCUACUUGCAGCUUGAGGAGGAGGGGGGCCGCAAGAUCACUCCGCGGGAGUAUUUGGAGACGGCGCUGCGGCCGGUUCCCGGCACAGGCCCUGCCGUGUCGGCCAAGAACGCCAUCCGGGCGUCCAUCGCGCAGCUCUUUCCGGCGCGGGAUUGCUUCACGUUGGUGCGGCCUAUGCACGACGAGGCAGCCCUGUCGCAGAUGGAUUCGCUGCCACGUGACAAGCUGAGGCCUGAAUUCCGGCAGGUGAGUGUGGCGCCAUGGUGA